CCCUGCCCUGCCAGCCCUGACCAUGAUGACCCAGCCCCGGAGCGGUUUGCUGUCCCACAUCCACACUCGCAUCUGCACCGACAACUUCAACAACUACUACACGCUCCUGGGCAGAGAACUGGGCAGGGGUAAAUUUGCAGUCGUUAAAAAAUGCACGGAAAAGGCUACAGGAAAAGAGUAUGCUGCCAAAUUUAUGAGGAAAAGAAGAAAAGGUCAAGACUCCAGAAUGGAAAUUAUUCACGAGAUUGCAGUGCUGGAAAUGGCUAAAUCCAAUCCUUGGGUCAUCAACCUGUAUGAGGUGUAUGAGACGCCAUCAGAAAUGAUCCUAGUUUUGGAAUAUGCUGCUGGUGGCGAAAUUUUCAACCAGUGUGUCGCUGACCGAGAAGAAGCCUUUAAAGAAAAAGAGGUCAAACGUCUCAUGAAGCAGAUUUUAGAGGGAGUUUGUUUCUUACACAGAAAUAACAUUGUCCACCUUGACCUAAAACCACAGAACGUUCUUCUGACAAGUGAAUCACCUCUGGGGGAUAUUAAGAUUGUUGACUUUGGGCUUUCAAGAAAAGUGAACAACAACGAAGAGCUAAGAGAAAUCAUGGGAACACCUGAAUAUGUGGCUCCUGAAAUUCUCAAUUAUGAACCAAUCAGCACAGCAACAGACAUGUGGAGUAUAGGCGUUCUUACCUACGUCAUGCUGACAGGGAUAUCUCCUUUCCUGGGAGACGACAAACAAGAAACAUUUCUCAAUAUUUCUCAACUGAACGUCAGCUUUGCAAAGGAAGACUUUGAAAGCAUCUCCAACUUAGCCAUAGAUUUUAUUAAUGGCCUUCUUGUUAAGGAACCUGAGGAUCGAGCUGUGGCCGACGAGUGUCUCAUGCACCCGUGGUUGGCACACGAAAGUGAUGAAACUGCACUCGUUCCUGAAGCCUCGUGCGGAAAACUUGAAAGUGCAGCGCCAGAAGACUCUGAGAAGCAGAGCCAAGAGACGGAGGAGCUAAUCGUCAUGGCUUCAUACACAGUGGCACAGUGCAGGCAGUCAGAGAAAGAAACCCUAAAAACUGAUCAAAAGGCCAUCUCCAAACGCUUCAAAUUUGAAGAGCCCUUCAGCACACUCCAAGAGAUUUCUGGAGAAUUUAUCUACUAAGCAAAUGACUGAUACUAUUCUAGACUUUACAUCUGCUAACAAGGUGGCUCUGAUUGGUAGCUUUUGUUGAGUAAUUGACUGGACAUGAAAACAUUUGUUCUGUGAGCCUGUUUCCGCUGCAGUUAUUCUCCAAGUAGGAGCAUAAUGUCUGAAUGCCAAGAACUGUUUUGCCAUGUCUCCUGGAUUUAAUGCAUCAAACCUAGCCAUGUAGAGCAGUAAUAGUCACUGUUCUAAGGAUGUUUCUUCAUUGUACAGUUCAGCAGCAGUUUCACAAAAUGUGAGGGGCUGUGUAUUAUUGGGCAAUAUCUUAGCUUUUGCACAAUGGGUGGAACAGAAGUGCACUAAUUCUUUAAUGUCAGUGAUCUGUAGGCAAUAAACUUCAGAUAUGCAACACCAGUGAACAAUGCACUUUGGCAUUUAGUUUAGACUUGAUGUAUCUGUUCCCAAACUAAUGACAACACUUGUUACUCACAAAUAAUACACUCAUUUGAGUUUAUUAUCUCUGGUAUUAUAACAUUCCUCCUUUAUAUGCAUGUUUGAAAUAUGAAGGCACAAGUUUUAUUUUAGAUAGCUUAUGUUAAAUUGUUUAUGAAAGCAUCUUGAUUUAUUUUGACAUGUUGAAAUAAUUAUUGUAUUUGUAUGAUGCAUAAUUAAAAUUUCUGUGACUGGACAUGACUGCUUACCAAGCCCAGAAUGGGGGUGGUCCCAUUUCAAUGUCCAUUUGCUGCACAGACAGCAAGGGUUCUGUUAUUCCUUUUGUGCCUUACAGACUAGACAUGUAUAUAAUAGUAGAUAUGCAAAGGACUGCAGAAUUAAUUUAGUUGAGUGUAUAGGAAUUGUUUUUUUUUGACAGAACAAAGCGCUAAAUGCUGAUUAAUGUUUUCUUGGGGUAAGUAGAUUCUGUUAGCUUUCCAACUCAUUUUAAGCCACUUUGGUGUGAAAUGUUUGUAAAUUCUCCGGGUAGGAGUUUGCAAAAGAGAGAAUGCUGGUAUACUGCUUUCUAUACCGCAGUCUACAGGCCCCAGAAUGAAUGAGCAAUUUUGUUUUACUGAGUCACUAAAUGACAACUUAUUCAAAAUGCUUGGAGCCAGACAGUAACUGGUGCUCACGCCAAGUGAUGCUUUCAGUUUAAUACCAGUUUGUAAAAUCUACAGAAUAAAAGCAUCAUUUUUGUAGGACAAAUGUGCUUUUCCUUUAAUGAGCUCAGGGAAUAUUGCCUCCAAUAGGUUAGAUACAAUGUUUCCAGAGAUUUUCUUAGUUUUUUUAAAAAAAGUAUUGAGUUUGUCCUGCAAACAGUUUUUUUAAUCUUUCUCCCCAUUACUGUAAAAGUUAAUUAAAGUAUCAAGCCUUAACUUUAUUUGAAAUGAGCAAUUUCAUGGGGUAGGCACAAGAAAGUUCCAGACUUUUAAGAGAUAAAAAGGGAGGGUUUGACUGCAAUGAUGCCUAAAUGUUUAAUAGACCUCGAAGCAGUAUCUGAUGGUUUUCAAAUGAAAAGCCUGUAGCGUUCACCUCUAAAGCAAUGGUGCUAAAUGGAAUAAAGCCUCAGUUAUAAAACCAUCCCAUUUCCUGAAGCUGCUGAAGACUGUUUCUGCAUGAAAAAAUGUAGACAGUAUUGUAUUCUUGGUGUAAAUCACCAUUUGCGAGGUUUGUGGUGGCCAUGUUUCCCUAAAUCUCUUAGAAAUCAAUCUGUUUAAAUCUCCUUUUAGUAAACUGAAUUUUGGCAGUACAGUAUUGCCAUUGUUUUGGGGACUAUGCUGUAAAACUAACUACUAGUCAGUAUCUUUUAUCUACAGCACUGCACACCUCAUUUCACUAGGGAAAAAUUGCACAUCUAUGUUUUUGUAUCCUUUUAAAUAUCUAUUAUGAAGAUGUAAAUUUCUUUUAAUAAACAUAUCUGGAUACUUGCUUG